UGCUUCUUGUUCUGUCAACCACUGGACGAUGAUCAAUGACCUAUUGGCAGAAAAUGCCAAAGGUACAAAAGAUAGUACAGACAAAGCGGCAGUACUGCCACCUGAAGAUCUAGCACAAAUUUUGACGAGCAUUCAGACUAUCUUGCAACUCUAUGCAACAAACGAAGAAGAAGAUAUAGAUCUGGGAAAGGAAGACGAACAAGCGAUCAAACACAUUGCAGAUUAUCUGAGGCUACCAUUGGCUACUCUGGGCGAUGAGAAUAGUACUCGGAUACAAAACGCCUUGCCGGAUUGUGUCAGACUAGGAUUACGAUUGCGACCUUGGCGUGGAACAGGAAGUUCAAAAGCAAUUGAGGACCAGAGUCUAUACCUUGAAACAUCCUUCAACGUUCGCAAGACCGGUCAAGCCUCUGAAGAUAUGCUGUGGCCGAUGUGGAAGCUGCACAAAGCAACAUGGCUUGUAGAUGAGAAAUACUCGGAAUUGGUAGAAGCAGGAAACAGAGCAGCAAAGGAGUACAAAACACGAAUGAAAGAGGACAAAGAUGAAGGCCAAAUGACCGCAAGCUAUGUUCUCAAUAUCGCAGAAGCAAUCACAGAAACAGCAUUAGAACAAGAAUAGUGAUAAUCAACAAGAUCAAACGAUCGUUCUGUAUUAUUAUCAAACAUGUAUAUGUACAGUAAAUUUUGAAUCAAAAAAGGUGCAAAAGUGAAGAAGAAAAGGUAUCUAUGAUGAGGAGAAAAAAAGAUGGUGACCAAAUACAGCUUUUGUAAUGGUCCCUAAUCAUUUUGUUUGUUUUGUUUUCAUUUUUGACUGCCCUUUCACCUGGAGCCAAAGUUGAUCG